AUGAACGCUGACAAAAAGCAAGCGGUAUUGGACCUCAGCAGACAUGUUGAUCAGAAAGUUCGCGUCAAAUUUUCAGGAGGUCGUGAAGUGGAGGGCAGGCUGAAGGGGUUUGACACGCUGGUGAAUCUGGUGUUGGAUGAGUGCAUCGAGUACAUCCGCGAUCCUGACGACCCCUACAAGCUCACCAAUGAAACUCGACAGCUGGGGUUGAUUGUGUGCAGAGGAACUGCUGUCACACUAGUUUGUCCAUGCGACGGUAUGAUGGAGAUUGCCAACCCUUUCAUUUCAGCUGAGUGA